AUUACAUAAUUGUGGGAAACAAAAUACUCUAAUAAAGAGAAGCAGUUAUCUGAAACGUAUGGUUGAUGCGUCUCUCAAUCUUCUUCUCCAUGAAGUUAUCUCCUUCUCACCUUCCUAUCAAUACCACACAUAGCACUUUUCUCUCCCGAACUUCAGUCUGUGCGGCUGAGUGUACACGAAGUAGGCUGAGCAUAUUAAAGUUAAUCUGUCAUGCAUCUAUGGUUCAGAAAUAUUCCCUAUCAUCAGGCUUUGCUGUUUCAUCCGAAGGAGAAGACUCAUAUAAACUGCUGUAUGCCAGAAAUGGCUCGGCAGAGAUGUUGCAGUUAAUGAGAUGUAAUGCAAGAAAACGAAGUGCUAAUGUGUCCAAGGGACAAGUUUUAACUGAUGACUUUCAAGAAGAGGACUAUUCCAAUACGGACAAGGAUUUUAACAGCAAGGAUGGUAAGGAAAAGGAAGUAGACAGAAGAAGAAAGAUUGGAUUAGCAAACAGAGGAAAAGUGCCAUGGAACAAAGGCAGAAAACAUAGUCCAGAGACUCGUGAAAAGAUCAGACAGAGAACCAAAGAAGCUUUGAGUGAUCCCAAGGUAAGACGAAAGAUGUCUGAAUGUCCACGCUCUCUUAGCAAUCAGACCAAGUUACGAAUACGCGCAUCUCUCAGAAAGCUCUGGGGUGAACGAUUAAAAUGGAAAAGGUCAAGGGAGAAAUUUUUUCAGUCAUGGGCUGAAAGCAUUGCAAAUGCUGCUAAGGUAGGUGGGAGCGACCAAGAAGAAUUAGAAUGGGACAGCUACGACAAGAUCAAAAGAGAGAUAGCUCUCGAACGACUUCAGUUGGCUGCAGAAAAGGCCAAGGCAAAAGAAAUCACACGCAUACGAGCUGAGAGAGCAGCACAGAGAAAGAUGGAAAGGAUGCAGAGACUUGCUCAAAGGAGAAAAGAACGAGAAGAAAAGCAAAAAGUUGAAGGAAAAACGAAGAGACCAAGAAAACGGUCAAAGCAAGAGAAAGAAGAGUUAGCUGUUGCUGAAGAAUUGAAACUCAAGGCGAAAUUAGUGAAGAUUCAGAAGAAAAAGUCCACACUUAGCCAUGUUUGUAGAGAACAUCGUCGAGCUUGGGAAAAACUCGAUGUAUCAUUCAUAAAGACACCUCAAGUACAAAAAACAGUUUCACUUGCAGAUCAGAUUCGUGCUGCCAAGAAGAGAACAGGUGAUGUGAAUGGAAAAGCCUUUAGUAUUGCAUCAUCUGACUCUCAAUCUAUUGAAGUAUCUGCAGAGGCUAAAUUCUCCACAGUGGAAACAAAAUGA